ACAAUGAGAACGGCUAAUGUCUGGCUCUUCCCACAAACCCUUUCAUCAGUCAAAAUGGCUGCGUCCUUGAGUUGUCAGAGUGUGAUAUCGAACGCGCUUGCCAGAGUCGGCACUUCGAUAUACAAUAACUCUGCAACAAGAGCACUUCAUGUCACUGCAGCAUGCUGUCAAAAAUCGUGCAGCUCGUAUUCGGGUGGGGAAAGGAGACCGACCACUAACCUAUGAACAAGCACUCCACCCCCACCACAUAGGACACCGCAAGGGCUGGCUCUCCCAGCACACUAGUAACCUACAGGGAGAGGGAGGAGCAUCAGAUCGUACUGUGGAAGACGUGUUUGUAAGACGUUUCCUCUUCGGAACGUUCCAUAACUGCCUGGCCAAUGAGAUUGUGAUAAAGCGACGAGGCAACAUGCUGGUGGUGUGUACCCUGAUGCUGCAGAAACUCCCUCCACAGAAGUUCUACUUCCUGAUUGGUUACACAGAGAUACUGCUCUCCCACUUCUACAAGUGUCCUGUUAAGAUGGAGGUACAGACCCUGGAGGAUAAGGCUGUCUACAAGUACCUAUGAGACAGGAAUUGUUAACAGAUUUGACUUUCAAGACUUGUCAUACAGGACUAUUUUGGGGAAACUCACCGCCGUACAGUUGUAAAAAAUUAAUUGUAUUUCAAAUGGUCUAUUGAAAUCUCUAUCUAGUGUGUGGAAACCAACUAUUGAGUGUGCCUUGGAGUUGGCUCUUCACAGUAGGAAUAGACAGACUACCAGAUAGUGUUAUCUUCAGGUUAACAGCAGUACAUCUGUGUAUUCAUUCAGGUGAAACAUCAACUUAGUGACAAUAAAUCUAAUGUAUACAGGUGACACGCAUCUCUAUCCUACACGGCAGACAAUCUGUUCCAACGUAGUACAUUUCUCUUUUUAAGGAGAAGGAAGUGAGAAAGGUAGGAGAGCGUGUCACAAAUAGACAUUGGGUCAGAUUCAAACCUACGUAGUUAGUGGUAGGGAUGUGCGCCAUAGGUGGUAGUACUGACAGCCAGACCAUACAUUUUUCGGAGCAUUCUGUAACACAUUGCACCCGCCUGAACAGGCCCCAUUGUUUUUCCAUCUCUUUGAAUUGGAUUCCAUUCCAGUCACUAACUAUUCACUACUUGUAAAUCAUGUUGGAGUUAAAUGUACUUGUGAAAAACUCA